AUGAGCUUAAGACUGGCACUUGUCCAAAGCUGCAGGGCACAUAUCAGCUAUUCUAGUAUGGUUAGGUUCCGUUUGGCUUUCCCUACGUCUUACACAAGAAUUUUGAAGCGUUUCAAAGGUACUGGGGCUUCUUUCUCCCGGCAGGACCUGGACGUAUUCACGAUGGACAAACAAGGCGGUGGCACAAGGGGCGCCGCUGGCUUUGUUGUGGAAGAUAACCAGCUUGGGAAUGAGGAAGUCGUCGACAGAGACGAGCUGUUGCGAAAUGAGUAUGUGAGUUCCUUCCGUAAAGGGCAAGGCACCCUCCCUCCUGGGACCAAUUCUAGGGAAGCGAGACUGUUGCCUGAGACUAUAACAGGGCGGGCGCCUAGGGAUCAGAUUGAACUCAACCCUACAGUGUCACAAGCAAUUCGUAACAAUAUCCUCAGUUUACAUAUGCCUGGCAAUUUGAGAAGAUCUGCAGGCAGCGGCUUUGUGGAACUCAAACAAAGCAAAGUUCACCGUGCUGCUAGAACGAACAUGGAAGUUGAUUCACAUAUCGCGUCUCUAUUUUUACAGAAUUAUGGAUCCAUUUUCCAGAGUUUAAGUGAACUCAAAAAACGGUUAGGCGAUAAAUUUAAGCCUGAUAGGAUUUUGGACGUGGGCUACGGCCCUGCCACUGGGAUUAUUGCGCUGAACGAUUUGAUGGGGCCAGAUUUCCGUCCUUACUCAAAGGAAGCGGUUAUCCUAGGCCAUAUAGAGAUGCAGAAGCGGGCAAAGAUACUUUUGAGCAGACAAGCCAAUGAAGCCCCCAAUGAUCCUAAUAUUUAUAGUGACGCUGAAGCGGCCGAAACCGACCAGAUAGAAGUGGACAAUGAUUUGGUGGGUGAAGUGAUGACGAAAAAGAUCAAGACUGUAACAAAGCUGAGAGACAGUGUUCCAAGCUCCAAAUCCUAUGACCUCAUCAUCCUCACUCACCAGUUACUGAAAGCAGAAGAAAAAUUCCCAAUCGAAGUGGAUAUGAACAUUGAGUGGUAUUUAAAAAUGCUGGCCCCUGGCGGCCACAUCAUCUUGAUUGAACGUGGUAACCCGAUGGGGUUUGAAAUCAUUGCGAGAGCAAGACAAGUAAUGCUUAGACCAGAGAACUUCGCCGAAGAGCAUGGGAAGAUACCGCGCCCGUGGACAAAAGGAAUUUCGACAGAAGUCUUCAACAAAAGAGAAGUUGGGAGCUCGCACGAAACCCCCCAGAAAGACUUGAGUACGGACUUUUUCGAAAGAGCUCCGGAGGAUGAAGAAGUUUCUGGGGCAAAAAAGGUUCAAGAGUCAUCUCAACCUGGGGAGCCUUCGGGAGAAAGCUACUUUUUGAAAGUUGUUGCACCAUGCCCACAUCACAAAAAGUGCCCUUUGCAGAUAGGCAAGCCCCAGUACUAUGAUUAUGGAGAAGGCAGAGAUUUGAAGUUUUGCAACUUCCAAAAAUCCGUGCUAAGGCCCAAAUACGCCAUAGAGCUAAAAAAGGGACGGGUUUUGGCAACGCCAUGGCAGAACAAUGCAGAAGCAGUAGGUAUCAAAGGAAUGGCCAAGCCAGGGACAGGAAGACCUCAUGGAAGAAAUUUCGAGAUCCUGAGCUACUCAUACUUAAUAAUGGAACGUUCACCAGCAGACGACGAAACGGUACAGCGCAUCAAUAUGGAACGCUCUCAGCAGCAAGAUAAAUAUGGCGUCGGUUCUCUAGGUGACAACACUCCAUCAACAUGGCCCCGCAUAAUUAGGCAGCCUUUGAAAAGGAAGGGGCACGUCGUUAUGGACAUGUGCGGGGCAUCAGGGCAACUGGAAAAAUGGACUGUACCAAGGUCGUUUUCCAAAGAAAUCUACCAUGAUGCUAGGAAAGCCAUGAAAGGAGACCUUUGGGGGCUUGAAGCAAAGACAAAGACCAGAGGAAUGGGGGAUUUGAAUGUUGGAAGACUUGAGAAGGUUGAAGGAGAAAAGAUACGAGAAGCCAAAAGGCAAAUGAAGCGGAAAGAUCGUGAGAUGAAGCAAGCGGUCGAUAACGUCGAUUAUGGAGACCCGCUUUCUUACGAGGAAACCGUGGACACUAUGGCCGCUAUGUACGGUAGCGAAUUUGAAAAAAGCCACAAGAAACCUUGA